AUGUGACUCUGCUCUGCACAUUACCACUGAUCCUCAAGGACGCUCAACGGAAUCAUGAGUGCUCGUGGGGAUACAAUCGAUCAACAUUUGCGAUGAUAUCCUAGUGGGAUUUUUGUGCGUUGAAAGGCACAGGCGGACUUUUCGUGUGGUUCGUAAGAGUUUGCGGAAAGUUUCUCCCGUGAACUUCCUGAAGUUUGCGACAAACUUCGCCGGUAUGGUGGGGUGAUGGUGGUCGGUGUGGAUGCAGAACCGGCCGUAAAAGUUUGGGAGUCGAUAUUUUUGUUUGCUGCGGUUACAAGCGGGUGUCUGGGAUGAUGUGAGUUUCAGUGGAGUACUCCGAUCCUGCAGCGUGUUAAUCUAGUGGUCAAUGAUGAUUUUUUUUUUAGUCAAGGGAGAAACUCUCUCUUGACUUCGCUCAGUACGGAUUCCUAAGCGAAAGUCAUGGAAAGUGAUUCUAGGUGCGAAGUGUUAUUUAUUCUUGCGAAGCGUCCGAUGUUCGCAGUGGCCUCGUAAAGCGUGCGACAGUGCAGGAGGAUAGUAUUACGACAAAGCGUGUCGCCCUACAAGUUCAGUGCGAUUUUCCAUGGAUAUUUUGGCAGUUGUUUCAUAAACAGCCGAUACUUCUCCUACUAGCGUUCACUUCACGGCAUUGCACACUGUCAUGCAUACCUCUUCGCCGUCACGUCAGUUCAAAACUGUUUAUCGUGUGCGGUGUCCACUUACCUUGGCCUCCGACCAUCGACAAAUAGCCCUACGCCUCGCAAAAGUCUUUACAACACAAUACCAACGAGAGAUCAACCGAACCUCUUCAGCCCCUCUUUCCAGCAGUUUCUGGCGUACUGCAUCAGAAAGCGAAGGGACCACAGGAAGCCGAACACUACGCAGGGUCUUAAAUCAGCUUAAUCUUAUUUUUCAAGUUUUCAAACAAAUAUGUGCUACCAACUCUUCACUGUUACAUUCUAUCUCCCUCAUUAUCUCCCGCUGAACACAAUGACUAUCUGGACGAUCGACAUGCCAAUGCAGGGACUUCGUAACAUGCUCGAUCCCGAAGGAUCGAACUUCUCUGUUACGCCUCAAGUUUUCCUCAACGCAACGUACGACGACAAUGAGAACCUGCCCGAAGAUCUCAGAUUCAACACACAUGCCAUGGUGCAAGUUAUCAUCUACAUCGUCCUCUUCGUUGUUGCUACAUCCGGGAACGUACCUGUGUUCAUCAGCUUAUUGGGCAAGCGGCAUCGGAAAUCGCGGAUAAAACUGAUGAUCAUGCACUUGGCGCUGGCCGACUUGAUUGUGACGUUCUUCAUGAUCCCUCUGGAAGUAAUCUGGAGGUUGACGGUGCAGUGGUUGGCAGGAAAUGCGAUGUGCAAGACGAUGCAGGUGCUACGGGCCUUUGGGCCUUACUUAUCCUCGAUGGUGCUUGUGUGUAUCAGUUUGGAUAGAUACUAUGCUAUCUUGCAUCCACUAAAAGUGAACUACGCCCAGCGGAGGGGAAAGAUUAUGCUUCUCACAGCGUGGAUUACAAGUUUCGUCUGUAGUUUACCACAGGCAGUUAUCUUCCACGUGAUGGAGCACCCAGCCUUUCCCGGCUUCACCCAAUGUGUCACCUUCGAUUCGUUUCCGACUCCCGUGCACGAGAGGCUGUACAAUCUUUUCUGCCUUCUUGUCCUGUAUGGAUUACCUCUGUCCAUCAUCAUCGUCUGCUACACACGAAUUUUCUGGGAGAUUCAUCGCCAGUCCAGGGAUCCUCAUAUCUUUGUCUCCGUAGACGAAUAUUGCCAGCAACACCAAAGCGUUCGUGGCCGGAUGUGUCUUCGCCGCUCCGACACACGACAGAUUCAGCGGGCCCGGAACCGGACCCUUCGAUUAACCAUCAUCAUCGUCCUGGCCUUCUUCUGGUGCUGGACUCCCUACGUUACCAUGGUCCUCUGGUACCAGUUCGAUCCCGACGGAGCCGAACACGUAAACAGCUACCUCCAGUCGUCUCUCUUCAUGUUCGCGGUGUCCAACUCCUGCGUCAAUCCUCUAGUGUACGGGAGCUACACCAGCAAGUUUCGAAACUGUUGGGCGAGAUGCCUAGAAGGCACACCGUGUCCUGUGUCCGAACACGUCUUGAGACAGAAUGCAAACAGCAUCAGGCGCGCGCCGUGCACGUCUCUGCCGGACGCGAGUAAGCUUCAGCAAAACUGUUCGCUGUGCUCGGACGCGUCUGUGUAUCCGUGCGAAGUGACGAUAAGGUUUAAGGGACAUGUGUGUAAGAACGGCUCUACGAGUACCAGGACGAUGGCUCCCAGCUGUUGCUGUAAGAAGGGGAGCGUGGAUUUCAUGAAUGGAAGCCACCGACGUAUGACAGUGCCGGCGAGAUGUUAUGCGCCAGAGAAGAGAGACGUGGAAGAUAGUUGAACUAAGAUAGUGGCCAGAAGCCCGACCUACUACAUUAUGGCGGCCAUGUGAUUUGUACCCCACCCCAGCGCCGCAAUUUGGAAACUUAGCGGUGGUGCUGGUGAUCGGCCCGCUUAUUGGUCCUUCAUUUGCUAUAAUAUAUUGCACUGAAGCUCGCCACCAUCACCACCACCACCACCACCACCACUGAAGCUCGCGUUAGGAACUUCGUGCAAAAUCGUACAUUCAUUAACAUUAUCUGUCAUUGCGUUCAAAUGAGUUUUGAAAUUUCGAAAUGUCUGUGCUAUUGUUGGCUUCUACAAAGUUUAUGUGUGCGCUUUCGGCUCGUUCAAUAUUUCAGCUGUCCAGUCAAGAUGAAGAUCCCGCGUGCCGAUGCAUAGCGAUCCUAGCGGAUCGUAUCAGACGACAUUCUGCAUAGGUGUUGCUAAUUAUGACAUGGUCGCUAUACUCUAGUAGGUCGUGGUCUGAAGUGCAACCCAUGUGUUCGGAUGAGGGGUAUCUGUCGUUCACUGGCCCUCUUGCAGUCUCUUGCAUUAACGAGGCAUUAUGAGUGAGGUACGAUUUAGAAGAAAGGGCGUAUUUCAAAACUGUGCUUAUUGCGCAGGUCAUACUUUGUUCGAAAUACAACUUGUUGCAUUAAGUUUCACAGUUAGAAUGUAAUAUACCAUAGGUUAGUUUUGAUUCCUAGCUGCCAUGUAUUUUUGUAUGGUUAUACUGAAAAUAAAAGAGCGAGUUAUAAACUAUGUACAGUGUGCAAAUCCGAAGCUGUCGCCUGUUUUUCAGAACGGGGUCAGGAAGAAGUGGUGCCUCAUUUAUGUACAAUUCAUUUUUAUUCUAAUAACGAUGGUGCUUUUCUAUAACACGUGUAAUAUAAUUCCUUGCGACAGUUCAUUAUUAUAACUGAAGUGUGUGUCACAUCAUGUUUUGUAUUAGAUGUGACCAAAUGCUGUGUGCAGUUACUCAGUGAAACUAAUGUAAGAUACUGACUAUUUUGUCUAUGUACGAACACAGCAAACCGGUGCCAUGCUUGCUUCAUUGUGUUCUAAACACCGGCGCGAUAAAUGUUUCCUCUAGUCUGUGCGUCAAAUCGCGCACUUAACUAGUGUGCAAAAUAUUGUGGAUUGUUCAUGCUAUGGGAACAAGAGCGUUAUUUUGUCUGAAAACCGAACAUGCUCAUGUACCUGUGUGAUAUAUCUAGCUCUUACGAUACGAGAAGUAGCGUAUCGCAGGACCCUACAUGUUCAUCGGCAUAGGAGUAGCAAAAUAAAAGUUAUAUUACGUAUUGUCCUGGCA